AUGUCGGGCCUCAGCCCGCACGGCCAAAUGUCGCCAAGAGAGUACCAGUCCACCGGCAACACGCCUCACAUCAAGCUUGACCAGGCGCCUUCAAAUCCUUCUCAGUACCAGAACAACUCCUCCGUUCCUAAUGUUCUGCAGCCCGGCGGCAUGGGAGGCGGUCGUCCAGCGCCCAUGUCCGCCAACACUGCUCCCACCCUGCCCACCAUGCAAGCAUCCAUGUCUCAGCAGCCCGAGUAUCAGACCCCCUCCAAGCCUCCCUCCCUGAGCCUCUCUCACAGCUACUCCCGCUCGAGCCCGGCUGCUGGCGGCUACGACUCGGGAUCUGGCUACAUGCCGUACACACCGACGACACCGGGCGGCAGCUCUGCUGGGCCUUCCCAGUUCAUGUCACCCACCGACGCCAAGUAUAGCGCUCUCGGAUCUCAGAGAAAUAUAUCGAAUACCCCGCUAGGCCUUGCGGACAUCCGCCCACGCGCAGAUUCCACCCUGUCGGAUGGUCCUCCGGGAAGUCUUCAGUAUGAGAUCGCAAACACGCAGGCUGGGACCAGCAACUACAUGGCUCCUUGGGCCAUGUAUGCCUUCGAUUGGUGCAAGUGGCUGCCACAGGGUAACGGCGCAGGGAAGCUCGCGGUGGGAAGUUAUCUCGAAGACGGCCACAAUUUUAUUCAAAUCCUCGAUACCCAAAUCACGCCGACCCCGUCCGAUGUUUUCGUUCCUGGCGCCCCAAAGUACACAAUGGAAUUCAACAAGGUCGCCGAAGCCACACAUUCAUAUCCCGUUACUCGAUUGCUUUGGGAGCCCCCGUCGUCCCAGAAACAGACUACCGAUCUGUUAGCAACCUCUGGAGACCAUCUGAGACUAUGGUCCCUACCUUCUGACGCACCAUCACUGCAGCCCACCAGCUCCAUCACAGGCCGCAACCGAGAAGCGCCAACGACAAAGCUGACGCCACUUGCCCUACUCUCCAACUCAAAGACGCCCGAUCAUACGGCACCAUUGACCUCAUUGGACUGGAAUACUGUUUCUCCCAGCUUGAUCAUCACGUCGAGCAUUGACACAACCUGUACAAUCUGGGAUAUUCCGUCGUUGACUGCUAAGACCCAGCUUAUCGCCCACGACAAGGAAGUCUACGAUGUACGAUUCUGUGCUAAUUCCACAGAUGUCUUCGUCAGUUGUGGGCAGGAUGGAAGUGUCCGCAUGUUUGACCUAAGGAGCCUGGAGCAUAGUACCAUCAUCUAUGAACCGAAUGGGAAGGAGGAGAGAGACGCGAACGGCGGAAGAAUAAGCCCUACAUUGGCCCAACAGACAAUGUCACAUCCACCGCCCCUGUUACGCCUCGCGACUUCGCCACAUGAUACGCACUUGCUGGCGACGUUUGCACAGGAUAGUAACGUUAUCCGGAUACUGGAUGUGCGACAGCCCGGCCAGGCUCUCCUGGAGUUACGGGGUCACGGCGGUGCCGUCAGCUCUGUAGAAUGGUCGCCGUUGCGAAGAGGGACCCUUGCCUCUGGGGGAGAUGACUGCCAGGUGCUGAUCUGGGAUCUCCUGAACCAGACGGCAUCCUCCAAUGGCACCGGCCAACAGGACAAUACCAGGAGCCCGGUGGCUAGCUGGCAGUGCGACUACGAAGUGGGCAACCUCGGCUGGAUCCCGCAUCUCUCCAGCGCUGACUACGGCGAAUGGCUGGGUGUGAGUGCAGGUCGUGGCGUCUGGGGUGUCCGACUGUGA